UCUCAUAAUUUAAGAUGGAGAAACAAUAUAGUGAAUAAAUACAAAAUUCGUUUUAUUCAAAUCUUUUCAAACUCGCUUCUUAUUGGUUCAUUCAAAAGCACACGGAUCGCGCUCUACAUAUUUUUAGACCAUCGAUACAUUCUAAUCUAACGGCUCAAACCCACGAUCCGCUCCGCACAAUAUUUCCCACUCUCAAAACUGCACUAUAUAAACAUUCUCCCUCCGUUCUAGAAUACCAUUGUAUUUAAAUUUCUUUAAUCUCAGUCUCUUCUACUUUCUCAACCAAAAAGCCUAGAUUGUUUUAGAUAAAGAAAGCUUUAAACAGCACAUUAAUGGAUACCGCUGGAGGAAAGGGAAAGAAAGGAGCCGCUGGAAGGAAAGGAGGAGGCCCUAAGAAGAAGCCAGUUUCAAGAUCUGUUAAAGCUGGAUUGCAAUUUCCAGUUGGAAGAAUUGGGAGGUACUUGAAGAAAGGAAGAUAUGCUCAACGUGUUGGUACUGGUGCUCCUGUUUAUCUUGCUGCUGUUCUUGAAUACCUUGCCGCAGAGGUGUUGGAGUUGGCAGGAAACGCAGCAAGAGACAACAAGAAGAACAGAAUCAUCCCAAGGCACGUUCUUCUUGCAGUGAGGAAUGAUGAUGAACUUGGAAAGUUGUUAGCUGGAGUAACAAUUGCUCAUGGAGGUGUUCUUCCAAACAUUAACCCAGUCUUGUUGCCCAAGAAGACUGCAGAGAAGACUCCUAAAGAGCCCAAGUCUCCAUCAAAAGCAACCAAAUCUCCAAAGAAAGCUUAGAUUAGAUGAUGAUGAUAAAAAUGGACUUGUUGGUUCUAGUUUAGAGUUAUGAUUUCUCUAUUGCACUUUGUAACUACUAGUUAGUUGGAUAAGUUUAAACAAGAAUAUGAAAGAAUAGGGUAUAUUGUAAUGAUGAUGAGCUAAGGUUUGUUCUAUGGGUAUUGGAUCAAUAAUUUAUUGAUUUUCCUUCUCUUGUAUGAAAUUAAAUCCUAAAUUAUGAUUGUCUUUUUCUUUCAA